AUGUUUCUCAGCUUUACAAACGCCCUACAUGAUGUUCUUACCGAAGAUAAGGGCGAAUGUACGAUUUGCCUUGAGGAAAUGCUUACUGGGGCCGUGAUUGCUCGCUUGCCUUGCCUUUGCAUAUAUCAUAAACAAUCGAGGCUUCUCCAGCUUAUUACCUACGCCCUACUUUGCACUCCGCCUCCCCCCAUUCGUAGAUUUCCCACAUACACAGAACAUAAACGCGACCUUAAAAAUGAGACGAACAAGUUUAUUAUUUUGGCGAACUUUGUGCUGAUGUUAAUCCUUUUUAGAUGCAUCGAUGAUUGGUUUAAAAGAAAGAAUUGUUGCCCGGAACAUCCGGGAGAUGACUAA